AUGUCAAACAAUUUAUUUGGUACAGGUUCAUCAACUUCAUCAUCAUUAUUUGGUUCAACACCUUCAGCAGGUGGAUUAUUUGGUGGUGGUAGUUCAACAACACCAGCAACAGGCGGUGGUGGUUUAUUUGGAGGUGCCUCAACAACACCAGCAACAGGCGGCGGUUUAUUUGGAGGUGCCUCAACAACACCAGCAACAGGUGGUGGUUUAUUUGGAGGUGCCUCAACAACACCAGCAACAGGUGGUGGUGGUUUAUUUGGAGGUAGUAGCACUACAGCACCAGCAACAGGUGGUGGUGGUUUAUUUGGUGGUUCUACAACAACUGCACCAGCAACUACUGGAGGAUUAUUUGGAGGUAGUAGCACUACAGCACCAUCAACAACAACUGGUGGAUUAUUCGGAGGUUCUUCAACAACUACACCAUCAAUAACAACAACAGGAGGAUUAUUUGGAGGUGCUUCAACAACUGCACCAUCAACAACAACAGGUGGAUUAUUUGGAGCAACUACACCAGCAACUACAGCAACAACAACAACAGGUGGAUUAUUUGGCGGAUCUACAACCACACCAUCAUUAACAAGUGGUGGAGGUUUAUUUGGAGCAACUACACCAGCAGCUACAACAACAACAACAUCCUCAGCUAUACCAUCAUUAACUAGCGGCGGAGGUUUAUUUGGUGGAUCUACAACUACACCAUCAUUAACUAGUGGUGGAUUAUUUGGAGCAACUACACCAGCAGCUACAACAACUACAUCUACAACUACACCAUCAUUAACUAGUGGUGGAUUAUUUGGAGCAACCACACCAUCAACUACAGGAGGAUUAUUUGGAGCAUCAACAACAACAACAACAACACCAUCAACUACAUCUACAACAACUCCAUCAACAACUACAGGCGGAUUAUUCGGUGCAACUACACCAGCAACAACUACAACUUCAGGAGGAUUAUUUGGAGCAUCAACAACAACACCAUCAACCACAGGAGGAUUAUUUGGAGUGUCAACAACAACACCAUCAACUACAUCAGCAACCACACCAACAACAACAACUACAGGAGGAUUAUUUGGCGCAGCAACAACAUCAGCAACUACACCAUCAACAACAACAACAACAACAACAACAACACCAACUACUGGAUUAUUUGGUUCAUCAACAACACCAUCAACAACAACAUCAGGUGGAUUGUUUGGUUCAUCAACUACUCCAUCAACAACAACAACAACAACAACAGCAACAACACCAACAACAGGCGGAUUAUUUGGUUCAUCAACUACUCCAUCAACAACAACAACAUCAGGUGGAUUAUUUGGUUCAUCAGCUACACCAUCAACAACAUCAUCAGGUGGAUUAUUUGGAGCAACAACUACUUCAGCAACAACCACAACUACUACACCAACCACUACCUCUGGUGGAUUAUUUGGAACAUCAUCAACUACCACCACCACUACAACACCAGCAGCAGUAGCAGCAACUUCAUCAAAUCCACUCACAACAUCAAUGUUGGGUGGAUCAUCAACAACACCAAAUCCAGUUUCAGCUUCUUUAAAUAAUAGUGAUCCAAUUGGAAUUAAUGAAAGUAAAUUAUUAGAACAACUCUUAAAUGAAUGGGUAUCAGAAAUUGAAAAUCAAACUAAAAAUUUUUAUGAUCAAGCAAAAACUAUUUUUGUUUGGGAUCAACGUAUAAUGGAUAAUUCUCAAAAAUUAGGUAAAUUAAUGGAUGUAGUAGUUAAAUUAAAUUCUCAACAAAAUGCAUUAAAUCAAUGUAUUGAUGUAGUUAGAGAUCAACAAGCAUUAUUAGAGAGAUCAUUGAAUGCUUUAGAUUCAAAGAUUAAAUCAUCACCAAAGGAUAAUGAAACAACAGCAGAUUUAGAGAGAGAAAGAAUCUAUUCUUUGGCAACUAAAAUAGAUGAUGAUAUCAUUAAAGUAGAGAAUAAAUUAUUGGGUGUAGUAAAUAAAAUUAAUCAAAAUCAAGUUAAAGAUGAUAAUCCAAAGGAUUUAAAUCAAAAAGUUUCUAAAAUCUUAAAUGAUCACUUAAAUACUUUACAAUGGAUUGAUAAAAGUACAAAUAUUCUUCAAGAAUCUUUAAAAGUAAUAGAAAGUACUUCUUUACCUGAAACUUCAAGAAGAUAA